GAGAAAUUGACAUUAAAAACAAUGGAAUUUACUCGAGGAUAAUGAGAGCCUAAGCGAUCCAAAAGCUAAAAAAACAAACCGAAGUCAUGGAACUGAUGGAAGUGGAGGAGAAACUCAAGAAGAAACCAAGACGAGAAUCUUUUAGUUCCACACAAAAAAGAACAUCUCAAAGAACCAAGAACACUCGCACCUGCCCUCAUUGUGGAAAGAGUUUCAUGCGUAACGAACACCUCAAAAUGCACCUGCUGAUUCACACCGGAGAGAAGCCCUUCACGUGCCUUCAGUGCGGACGAAGCUUCAGAUGUAAAGGAGACCUGACGAAACACACCAGGAUCCACACCGGAGAGCGUCCGUAUGCGUGUCCUCAGUGUGGAAAGAGCUUCCCGAGCGCAUACGUCCUCAAAAGUCAUCAGCUCCUCCACUCUGGAGUGAGAUCUUUUAGCUGUGAUCAGUGCGAGAAAACCUUCAUCCUGGCCACGCACCUACAGAGACACUUGAAAAUUCAUAAAGAUAGGAAGCCUUGCUUGUGUUCGCUCUGCGGGAAGAGGUUUUUGCAUUUAAAGGAGCACCAGAAGAUGCACGCCGCUGUGAGAGCUCAUCUGUGCUUUGAGUGUGAGAAGAGCUUUACUUCUGCCAAAUCACUCAAACAGCAUCAAAGGAUUCACACUGGAGAGAAACCUUAUAAGUGCACACGCUGUGAAAAGAGAUUCACUCAGUCGGGAACCCUGAAGGAUCAUGAGAGAGUUCAUACUGGAGAAAAGCCGUAUCAGUGCUCUUCAUGCGGGAGGAACUUCAGCAGAUCAAGUAAUCUACGGACUCACAUGAGAAAGCGCUGCCGAAGUUAAACUGUUUGAUAUUCAGAUGAAGUCAAAGAUAUAAUAACAUGUUAGUUAAAAAAAAGACAUCUUUCUGGAGAUGUUUAGAUGCUUUAGAAAGUAAAAAUAG